AUGGAAAGGAAACCGCACUUUGUUAGGAGGGAGUUUCUUCCCAGGGAGGUGUCCUCCAUCUCAUUGACGUUACUGCUUGUGGCUGUCCUGCUCUUUAAUGCCCUUCUCUACCUGUACCUCAACAAGUUUUACAGCUCUUCGGGACGUGGCGAAACAGACCCCAGCCUCUGCCCUUUUGGGUACUUCAAAUUGGGAACGGUGAAGAAUUGUUCCCCGUGGCUCUCCUGUGAAGCCAUAAAUAGGGAAGUCAGGAAGCUCAAGCGUGUUGGUGAAGGCGCUGUGAAAAAGGUCUUUCUUUCUGAGUGGAAGGAAAACAAAGUGGUCCUUUCACAGCUCACCAACCCGGAGCUGAAGGAGGACUUUCUCCAUGGACUGAAGAUGCUGAAAGCACUUCAAAGCAAGCACGUUGUCCGGCUGCUUGGCUACUGCGAGCAGCAGUUCACAAUCCUCACUGAAUAUCACCCUCUAGGGUCCCUAAGGGGCCUGAAUGAAACUCUUCACAUCCCCAGGUAUAAGGGGAUGAACACCUGGCAUCGCAGGCUGAUGCUUGCUAUAGACUACGUGAGCAUCAUUCGGUACCUGCACAGCAGCCCUCUGGGCACGUUAGUGAUGUGUGACUCAAAUGACCUGGACAAGGUCCUCUCUCAGUAUCUCCUAACAAGUGACUUUCACGUCUUGGUGAAUGAUUUGGACGCUUUGCCUCUUGUGAACAGGAGUGCUGGCAGGCUGGUGAAGUGUGGUCAUCGGGAGCUCCGGGGAGACUUUGUAGCUCCUGAGCAGCAUUGGCCCUAUGGAGAAGAGGUGCCAUUUGAGGAUGACCUCAUGCCGCCCUACGAUGAGAAAACAGACAUCUGGAAAAUCCCGGAUGUCUCCAAUUUCUUCUUGGGCCACGUUGAAGGAAGUGACAUUGUGCGACUGCAUUUGUUUGACAUCCAUGCAGCAUGUAAGAAGAAGAACCCAGCUGAAAGGCCUUCUGCCCAAGAGGUCUUAGACACCUACAGGAAGGUUUUAACUCUGCUUAUUCGGGAGACAGCCAUGCCUGGUAUUAGGGAAAUGUUAUAG